GUUGCCUUCUCCUGAGGUAGUUGACAUCGAUCCCACUGAGGAAAGUGGCUUCUCUGAUUGGAGAAUAGCGCCAGAUCCCACAGAGGCAGCAAAGAUGUUUAAAGAAGACAUUUUAAGCCAGCAUGCAACUGGAAAAUCCUUGUGUCUUACUAUGGAUCUUGGAGACAGUGCAGCGGAAAGGGAAAGAGCAGUCCUUACUUUUUAUAAGAAGGCAAAUGUUGAGUGGGCUUGCCCCUUGACAUGCACACUUAAGGGAGAUCCAGCCAUUGGUGAUGGUGUGACUCGGCAUUUCUUUGCAACCAUCAUGUCAAAACUUCAGGCUGGUUUUGAGAUGAAGUUUGUGCCUGGAGGAACUCUUCUUUUUGAAGGAGAACAAGAUCAUCUGAUUCCCUCCACUUCUCAUCUCCUUUUGGAGAGUGACUUCUUUGUUGUUGCUGGCCGAAUGAUUGGACAUUCAUUCCUCCAUGAUGGGCCAUGCCUAGGUGGACUGAGCCCAGCUGUCCUGCAUGUGCUCUUUGGUGGAUCCCCAGAAGAAGCCACAAUAGAUAUUAAGGACUGUGUUGACCUUGAUAUCCGUGAGACAAUCAAGUUGCUGGAGGGAACAGCAGAGUUAUCAUCAGAAGAAAAAAAGCUCAUCAAUGAGUUGGCACUGUCCUGGGAUUUGCCUCUAGUCACAUGUGACAACAGGAGAUGGCUAUUUGAUAAACUGAUCCUCCAUGCUGUCCUUGGAAGAACCUCCAGACAAGUCAAGCAGUUACGAAGGGGUUUAAAAGAGACACUGAUCUGGCCUCUGCUGACGGAGAGGAAAGACACGAUUCCCCUUCUCUUUCCAAGAGCAUCUGAUUUGCAGUGCACACCACGGAUGGUGUUGGAGAAGAUAAACUGGCCCACACAGGAUGAGGAUGAAGACAGUGAAGUCUCUUUGGAGGAUUCCUGUAGGCUCACAGGAUUCCUGCGCACAUUUAUUGAGAUGGCAUCUCCCGUUAUCCUUGGGAAACUUGUGCAGUUCUGGAUAGGAUGGAAUGUGCUUCCUAGACAUGGCCUGGAUGUGACCGUGGUGGAGAGCAACUUCCCCAGCUCUUCCACAUGCUUUCACCAGCUGAAACUUCCAGGACAUUACAAAGAGUACUGUAUGUUUGAAAGGGACAUUCUUGCUGCUAUUUGGAGCACUGAAACUGGGUUCGGGAUGGUCUGAAGAGACGGACACACCUUAGUACUAGAUUUGUUGUCUUUUGUUUGGCCGGCCAAAAAUGUAUGUUUUCAGAGAGGAAAAAAAACUCAGUUAAUGCCUAUACUCCGGCCAGUUUGUGUAACACUGAAAAUAUAUAAAGAUAAACAUGCUUUCCUUGUUAUUGCACAUAACAAAGAAAGCAUGUUUAUCUUUAUAUAUUUUCAAAGUUUUAAAUUGAUAUUCGUUACAAAAUGUUCAUUAACUGUAACAAAUGUAUAUUUCUUGAUGCAUUACAGUAAGUGUUGAUUCACAACAAGCAUAUGUUCAGUGCAACACAUGUUUCAAAUGACUACUGAACGUAACUUCAUUACCAUCUAAUUUUUAUUGUAUUAAAAUCGAAAUAUACUGAAUCUUG